GAAGAAAGACAAGAGAGAAAGAGAGAGAGAGAGAGAGAGAGAGAGAGAGAGAGAGAGAGAGAGAGAGAGAGAGAGAGAGAGAGAGAGAGAGAGAAAGAAAGGCAUAGUGAGAGAGCUAGACCGUUAGAUUACGGACUGACCGUGGAGACGACUGCGGGGUAAAUAAGGCGUCUUGCCACUACCUCUGACGACACAAGACUUAAGGAAACCAGCGUACCUGCAUCGGGACGGGAAGGAAAGGAAUACCGCUAUCUGAUUCUGAAGGCAUAAACCCCCAAAUCUAGAGGAUUAGAUAAAGCGGAGGAUAUUCAGCUUCUCUCCCCGUUUCUGGAUAUUAUGUAGCACACAGCAGACAGAUUGUCUGUGUUCUUCAUUUAAGUUUUUUUUCUUCUUCUUUCCAUCGGAUUGUCUUGCUGUGCUUGGCGUCGUUAAGGGAAUUGGAGACCCGUUUGCAUACUAAUCGCGUUUUUUGGGGGGGAUCGAGCGCACCACCGCACAUCCAUAGCAGCGGAGCGGGCUCAGAUGAAUGUGUAGGCGGAGCCAGCCAUGAGGACAACAAGCGAAGGUUCUGGGUCCGGGGCUGGACCCGGUGGACUGAGGGUGUAUUGGGGCAUACGGCGCCGGCGGUUCCUCCUGCUGGCGUUCGCGAUCCUGGAGCUGAUUCUGAGCCAGUCCCCUUCGGCGCUGGGCGCGCUGGAACUCCAACUGGACGAGGAGCAGCCGGAAGGCACCAUCGUGGGCGACAUCAGCGCGGGGCUCCCGCCCGACGUCACCGCCAGCCUCUACUUCAUCUCGGACCACGAGGGCACGGGCGUGGGCAGCGACCUCCACAUCGACGACACCACGGGCAUCAUCACCACGGCGCGGCGCCUCGACCGCGAGGAGCGCGACCACUACAGCUUCAUCGCCGUCACCAUGACCGGCGUCACCGUGGAGGUGUCCAUCACGGUCAACGACAUCAACGACCACGCGCCCACCUUCCCCAGAGCCGAGGCGCCGCUGAAGAUCCCGGAGCAGACGGCGGUGGGCACCCGCUUCUCCCUGGACCCCGCCACGGACGCCGACGAGGACCAGCUGACCACCCAGGGCUACGUGAUCCGCGACGGGAAUGUGGGCCAGGCCUUCAGGCUGGAGACCAAGAGGGCGGCCAACAAGGUCCUGUACCUGGACCUGGUGGUCAAUGCCAUCCUGGACAGGGAGAAGCGCUCGUCCUACAGCCUGCUUCUGGAGGCGUUCGACGGGGGCUCGCCCAAGAGAACCGGGGCCAUGACCCUGGAGGUGUCGGUGACGGACAUCAACGAUCACGCGCCGGUCUUCAACCAGAGCCGAUACCACGCCAUCAUCUCCGAGAACCUGCCUCAGGGGAGCAACAUCCUGCAGGUGUUUGCGUCGGACGCGGACGAGGGGGACAACGGCCUGGUUCUGUACGAGAUCAACCGGCGGCAGAGUGACCCGGACCGCUACUUCGUCAUGGAUACCAAGUCUGGCGUGAUCACGCUGAACCGGCCGUUAGACUUUGAGCUGAAGAGGGUGCAUGAGCUGGUGGUACAGGCCAGGGACAAUGCCAGCCAACCAGAGGUCACCAACGCCUUCGUGACCAUCCACGUCCGCGACUACAACGACAACCAGCCCACCAUGACCAUCAUCUUCCUCAGCGAGGACGGCUCGCCGCGCAUCUCCGAGGGCGCCCAGCCGGGCCAGUACGUGGCCCGGAUCUCCGUCACCGACCCGGACUACGGCGAGUACGCCAACGUCAACGUCUCCCUGGAGGGCGGCGACGGGAAAUUCGCCCUCACCACCAAGGACAGCAUCAUCUACCUGAUUUACGUGGACCAGGAGCUGGACCGCGAGGAACGCGACUCGUACGAGCUCCGGGUGAUGGCCACCGACUCGGGCACCCCCCCGCUGAGGGCCGAGUCGUCCUUCACCAUCCAGGUGAUGGACGUGAAUGACAACCCGCCCCUGUUCGACCAGCAGGCCUAUCGACAGACUAUCCCCGAGGUGGUGUAUCCGGGCUCGUUCGUGCUCCAGGUCACCGCCAGGGACAAGGACCAGGGCCCCAACGGCGACGUGCGCUACAGCCUCCUCAAAGACAAGAGCGGCCACGCCGACUGGUUCGCCAUCGACCCCGCGACGGGUAUCAUCACCACGGCGACCGCGCUGGAUUACGAGUCGGAGCCGGCGCCGAGCGUGACGGUGGUCGCCACGGACGGCGGGCGGCCCCCGCUGUCGUCGACGGCGAGGGUGGACGUGGUGCUGCAGGACGUGAACGACAACGCGCCCGUGUUCUCCGGAAGCUUCUACAACGUGUCGGUCAAAGAGAACACGCCGGCGGGGACCUGCUUCCUCGAGCAGCCCUCGGUGACAGCCGACGAGCUCUCUCCCAGGGCAGGGCUCCAACGCAGCAACCCAUCCGCCUGA